GUUCAGCUCACCUUUUUUAUCUUUAUUCUUCAUUUCAUUUCCGCUUGAAAACAUAAUUUGUACUUCGUAUAACACUCGGAUCAAAGUAUAACACUUGAAAACAUAAUUUGUAUCUUGUUCCCGCCCCCCAAAACUUCGGCACCUUCAAUUCCCCACCUUGUAUUUCCGCUAAAAUUCAGGUUCCCCCAAUCUCCCCCAAUCUCCCCUAACUAUUCAAUUUUCCUUACCAUGGCUUGCAAAUUCACGACCGUCCUCACUCUCACCCCGAACCCUAAUUUCCGCAACUCGAAGAAUGUGAAACUGAAACCCUCAGCCGAUCGAAUUCUGAAUUUUCCGAUCCCAGAUUUUGAUCAGUGGGAUGAUAUUGAGGACGAUGAAGAUAUCGAAAGGCGUUACGGGUUUCACUAUUCUCUACUUCGUGUUGUUGCCAUUGGUAUUGACGGCAUUGUUUGGCGGUGUCAAUUGCCAAGGAGAUGGUGGUGAGACCGACGACAAUGAUAAUCCUGCUGCGGUUGAUUAUGUUACUCAAGUUCUUUACGAACGAUUCGCGAAUUCCAGCUCAUUUUUGACCCCUGAUGUCAUUAAAACAUUCAGCUUUUGCAUCAAAAACGUGAAGGCUGAAUGGGAUUCAGCUUUUGAUUUCUCGAGGAAUUUGAGUUUUUUGUCCAAUUGCAUUCUUAAAACCAAAGGGGACCUGGCUCAGCGCUUGUGUACAGCAGCAGAAAUCAAAUAUUAUUUUACCAGUUUCCGUGAAAGUGGUUCCAUGGGCAUUCUUCACUUGAAGUUAAACCGAAACUGUAAUAUGACCACAUGGCUUUCUGGGUGUCAGCCAGGAUGGGCCUGUAGUGUUGGUCAUGAUCAAAACGUUAAUUAUAAAGAUUCAACGGAUAUUCCAGACAGAACAGAUGAUUGCCAGCCUUGUUGUGAAGGGUUCUUCUGCCCUCAUGGCCUGACUUGCAUGAUACCUUGUCCACUUGGUUCAUACUGUCCCCUAGGAUCAUUCAACAAGACUACUGGUGUUUGUGACCCGUAUCACUACCAACUUCCACAGGGGCAACCGAACCACUCUUGUGGAGGAGCUGAUGUAUGGGCUGAUAUAGACAGUAGUGGAGACGUCUUCUGUCCAGCAGGAUCAUAUUGUCCAAGUACUGUCGAGAAAGAACCAUGCAAUAGUGGGCAUUACUGCCGAACAGGCUCGACAUCUCAAUCACGAUGUUUACUUAUGACUAGAUGUGAUGCAGGAAGUUCAAACCAAAAUAUUACUGCCUAUGGGGUCUUGCUUUUUGGUGGAGUAACCUCUAUACUUUUGCUUAUUUAUAAUUGCUCUGACCAAGUUCUUGCUACUCGAGAUCAAAGACUAGCAAAAUUUAGGGAAGCUGCUGCAAAAAGUGCACGAGAAACUGCUCAAGCACGAGAUCCUUGGAAAUCUGCUAAAGAUGUUGCAAAACAUGCAUUUGGCCUACAAAAAUCAUUGUCCCAGACAUUUUCUAGGAGAAAAUCUGCGAAGCAGGAAAUCCAGCCUGGAGGUCUUCGUCAAGAUAAUCCUGAAACAGAUGGAUCUUUGCCUGUUACUUUAAACACUUCAAAUUCAUCUCAAGAUCUUUCUAUAGCUAGAAAAGGGAAGAAGCCUGAGUGCAGCGACCUUCAAAAUAUGAUGAUUGAAUCUGCAGAGGAUCAUGAUGGCCAUAAAGGUUUCAAAUUCGAGAUAGGAGAUAAGAAUCUGAAGAAUGUGAAGGCUAAUCAAUAUUCAACUCAUAGCCAGAUCUUUAAAUAUGCAUAUGGCCAAAUUGAGAAGGAAAAGGCUAUGCAGGAGCAGACUAAUAACCUCACUUUCUCGGGAAUGCUUUCUGUUUCCACUGAUAUUGAACUCAGAAAGAGACCUACGCUGGAAGUAGCUUUCCAAGAUUUAACCCUUACCUUAAAGGGGAAGAAAAAGCAUCUGUUGCGAUGUGUAACAGGGAAAAUCUCUCCGGGACGAGUGUCAGCUGUCAUGGGACCAUCAGGAGCAGGAAAAACAACAUUUCUUUCUGCUUUGGCUGGGAAGGCUACUGGUUGCAAAAGAACUGGCAUGAUUCUUAUUAAUGGAAAAGCUGAUUCGACUCACUCAUAUAAAAGAAUUAUAGGAUUUGUUCCUCAAGAUGAUAUAGUGCAUGGGAACUUAACAGUUGAAGAGAAUUUAUGGUUCAGUGCAAGAUGUAGGCUGUCGGCAGAUCUGUCAAAGGCGGAGAAGGUCCUAGUUUUAGAGAGGGUCAUUGAGUCAUUGGGGCUGCAGACUGUACGGGAUUGCAUUGUUGGCACUGUUGAGAAACGAGGAAUCUCAGGAGGGCAAAGGAAAAGGGUUAAUGUAGGGCUGGAGAUGGUUAUGGAGCCUUCACUGUUGAUCUUAGAUGAGCCUACAUCUGGCUUAGAUAGUUCAUCAUCAUUGCUACUGCUUAGAGCACUCCGUCGUGAAGCACUCGAAGGUGUGAAUAUUUGCAUGGUGGUUCACCAACCAAGCUACGCCUUAUACACGAUGUUUGAUGUUUUGAUACUUCUAGCUAAAGGUGGUCUUAUUGCUUAUCUUGGACCAGCAAAAAAGGUAGAAGAGUAUUUUUCUGGCCUUGGAAUCACUGUCCCUGAACGCGUCAAUCCUCCAGACCACUUUAUUGACAUCUUGGAGGGUGUUGUGAAACCAAACUCAGAUGUAAACUAUAGAGAACUGCCUAUUAGGUGGAUGCUUCAUAAUGGAUACCCGGUGCCCCUUGAUUUGCAGAGUGAGCUUGGUAUUCCUGGAUCUUCACAAGGGGAGAAUUCCAUUAACAUAGAAAAGCCUGUUUCUGAGGGAAAGUCUUUUGCUAAAGAUCUUUGGCAGGAUAUGAAGUGUAAUAUCCAGUUAAAAAAAGACCAUAUGCUGCAUAAUAUUUUGAAAAUGGAUGACCAAUCAAAUAGAGUAACUCCUGGUAUUUUCCAACAAUACAGAUACUUCCUUGGAAGGGUUGGCAAGCAGCGGCUAAGAGAAGCCAGAAUCCAAGCUGUGGACUACCUUAUUUUACUUUUAGCUGGAGCCUGCUUAGGAACCCUUGCGAAAGUGAGUGAUGAGACAUUUGGUGUGGUGGGUUAUACAUACACCGUUAUCGCAGUGUCUCUACUGUGUAAAAUUGCAGCCCUGAGAUCAUUUGCUCUAGAUAAGCUGCAUUAUUGGAGGGAGAGCGAUUCUGGCAUGAGCAGCCUGGCUCUCUUUCUUGCUAAGGACACUAUCGACCAAUUGAAUACAAUUGUCAAGCCUUUGGUUUAUUUAUCAAUGUUUUACUUCUUCAACAACCCUCGAUCCUCCAUCCUUGAGAACUAUGUUGUUUUGUAUUGUCUUGUAUAUUGUGUAACCGGAAUAGCCUAUAUACUAGCUAUCUUCUUCGCACCUGGCCCUGCUCAAUUGUGGUCAGUGUUGCUGCCGGUUGUCCUGACUCUGAUUGCGACUCAAGAAAAUGGAAGUGGCUUUCUUAAGAGGAUACAAAAUUUGUGCUAUACAAAGUGGGCCCUGGAGGCUUUUGUAAUAGCAAAUGCACAGAGGUAUUCCGGAGUCUGGCUGGUAACACGAUGCGGUGCUCUAUACGAAAAAGGUUAUGAUGUUAAUGAUUGGUGGCUCUCCCUUUGUGUCCUCAUUGCUACUGGUGUAAUAAGCCGAAUUGCUGCGUUCAAUUUUAUGGUACUCUUUCAAAGGAAAUAAUGCAGUCACUUCUUCGUAGAAUCAUAAUGUACAUAUUUUUUCCCCUUCCCUUGCAAAAAUGUUGUGUUCUUUAUUUCUUGAAGCUCCAUUUUAAUUGAUUCUACGCAAUGAGUAACUUUUCUUGUGAAAAUCGCGAGAAAAGAGGAUGAUUUAUUGGUAGUAAGUCAGUUUCAAUGAAGUUGCAUGUUUUGUAAAUUGACUGUAUGACUGUAUGUAGAAGGAACCAGCAAGCACCACGCAAGCUGAUUGAUUAAAAGAUUUAUUAAUUUGUGUUUUCAAGUUUC